AUAGCAAAGAGGUCGGAUCGCUGCGCUCCGACCGGAGAAUUUUCAGCGAAUCGCGUACGGGAAAAAUUCGAGUACGUCCGAGAGUGAUUCGCCCGAAAACCCACUGAAGGCGGUGUUAAUUUGUUGAACCUGGCCAAAUAGAGUCCGUCGAGUGGAACCGAAACGAGCAGCAACAGCAGUACAACAAUAAAACGGGGAAAUAAUAAGAGGCAGCGAUGUCCACCGCCGUUGAAACGGGGUCGUCGCCUGCCAAGAGCAACAGCAACAACAACAGCAGCGGCGGCAACAACAGCGGCAACAACGGCAAUCCCAGUCCAAAUGCAAAAGGCGUGCAGCGGCGUCAACUGCGCGAGAGGAAGCAGCGGAAGCUCUACCUGGAGGAAUGGUCGCUGGGCGACGAGGAUGGCGAGGGGACGCGCGGAUUCAGCGUCGCCGAGAAGCUCGAAUCUUCAAAGUUCGCACAGGCGGGAAUGGUGCGCGAGAUGCGCGGAUGCGAUCUCACAGUGGCAUUCCUACAACAGCACGGCUUCAACAUCCCCCUGUUGUUCCGGGACAAGGCGGGACUGGGCCUACGAAUGCCCGAUCCUCAGGAGUUCACAGUGAACGAUGUGCGACUGUGCGUGGGAUCCAGGAGACUCCUUGAUGUCAUGGACGUGAACACGCAGAAGAACCUGCAGAUGACCAUGAAGGAGUGGCAGCAGUACUACGACAAUCCGCAGAAGGACCGCCUGCUCAACGUGAUCUCGCUGGAGUUCUCGCACACGCGACUGGACAGGUUCGUCCAGAGUCCGGAGAUCGUGCGCCAGAUCGACUGGGUGGACGUGGUGUGGCCCAAGCAGCUGAAGGACGCCCAGCGGGAGGGCACCAACCUGCUGGGCGGCAUGAUGUACCCGAAGGUGCAGAAGUACUGCCUCAUGUCGGUGAAGAACUGCUACACGGAUUUCCACAUUGACUUUGGCGGCACAUCCGUUUGGUAUCACAUCCUGCGAGGGAGCAAGGUGUUCUGGCUGAUUCCACCCACAGAUCGCAAUCUUCAGUUGUACGAAAAGUGGGUUCUCUCCGGGAAACAGGCGGAUGUUUUCUUUGGCGACACAGUGGAAAAGUGUGCCAGGGUCUAUUUGACGGCAGGAAACACCUUCUUCAUACCCACGGGAUGGAUUCAUGCAGUCUACACGCCCACUCAGUCCCUCGUAUUUGGCGGAAACUUCCUGCACUCCUUCGGCAUAGUUAAACAACUGAAAACGGCCAGUGUGGAGGAUAGCACGAAGGUGCCCCAGAAGUUCCGAUAUCCCUUCUUCACCGAGAUGCUCUGGUACGUCCUGGCUCGCUAUGUCCACACGCUGCUGGGCCACUCGCACCUGGAGGGCGAGGCCUCGUUGAGCGAGGAGGAAAUGGCCGCCCGUCCGCACACCCACCUCACGCACCACGAGCUCUUCGGGCUGAAGGAGAUCGUGAUGUAUCUGUACGAUCUGCCGCCGCAGAAGAAGAACGUGCCCAGUUUGGUCCUGGAUCCCGUGGCGCUGAUCAAGGACGUUCGAUCGCUGGUGGAGCGUCACUGCAAGGAUCAGCAGGAUCUGGCCAUCACAGGCGUUUCGGUGUUGAAAUCCCCACCUGGAUCGCAGCCGCCCUUCUUGCUGUACGAUCGCACACGGGUGAAGCAGGAGAUAAAACAGGAAAUAGCGCGAAAGAACGCGGAGGUUAUACGGGAGCAACAGCAAUUGGAGGCGGGCCGAGCCAGGGAUGCCGAGUCAGAUACAUCUCAGUCGACAGGAGUGGGUUCUGCCAUGGGAAUGGGGCCAGGGAUCGAGUACAGCAAUGGAGUGAUGAAGAAGGAGCAGCUGGAGAACGGCAGUGGAGCAGCAGUCGGCGGAAACGGAACGCAGCCAGAGGCCACCUUUGUCCUGCCCACCGAUACGCUCAAGUAUCGCCCACCCAAGAAGAUGCAUUUGGCCACCGCAUUGGUGGCAGCUGCCGCUAGCAGUAGCAGUACAGCCGGCGGAUUGGGAAGCUCCGUUGGAGGAGGAUCCCCAGUCGUGGGGAGUCCUACUGGCGUGGGAGGAAUGGCAUCUGGUCCCGGAGGAGGUGGCGCCAUCAGUGUCAUUGCCACGAGCUCCGGCUACAGUGAAGCAGGAGGAGGAGGAGGAGGAAUUCUCAACAUGGACAAUUGCCACUCGCCAGGAGAUGGUAAUGCCAAACUGUCGCCCAAUCUGACUGGCACCGGACAACCGCGACGGCGGAGGACGCGCUGUAAGAACUGUGCCGCCUGCCAGCGCUCCGACUGCGGCACCUGUCCCUUCUGCAUGGACAUGGUCAAGUUCGGAGGACCCGGCAGGGCCAAGCAGACGUGCAUGAUGCGCCAGUGCCUGUCGCCCAUGCUGCCGGUCACGGCGCAGUGUGUCUACUGUCACCUGGAUGGCUGGCGACAGACGCCGGUCUCGCCACAGACCAAGCAACUGGCCUCCGCCGACGGGCCAUCGGCGCUGAUGGAGUGCUCCGUAUGCUACGAAAUCGCCCACCCCGAUUGCGCACUCUCGCAGUUGGACGGCACAGAGGAUGCGGCGGAUGCCAAGGGUAUUGUGAAUGAGGAUCUGCCGAAUAGUUGGGAGUGUCCCAGCUGCUGUCGAUCAGGCAAGAAUUAUGAUUACAAGCCCCGUCACUUCAGAGCCCGUCAGAAGUCCUCCGAAGUGAGACGUGUUUCCGUUUCGCACGGACCGGGAGGUGCUAACGAAGGCCACUCGGAGGGAACUCCCCUGCUGCUGCCCCCGGUGGGUCAGUACAAUGACUUUGUCUUCACCAGUGAAUCGGAAAUGGAAACGGGCACUGCCAGCGGCCACAUGACGCACUGGAAGCACGGCAUGAAGCGCCACCACCAGCUGGAGGUUAAGACGGAGCGUAACAACAGCUGCGACACCCCGUCGCCCGGAAUCUCACCCAAUGCCGGGGAGUCCAAAGUGGGGAAGCGGCGCAAGAGCGACGAUGGAACCAGCGUUAGUAGCAGCAUGCACGAGAGCAACGAUGCCCCGUGCGGCUCCUCGGCAGAGGGAGGCGCAGGUGGAGCAGGAACCGCCAAUGUGUCCACCAAUCAGUGGAGCGGCAGUGGCGGCGGAGGAGGAGGUGGCUCCCGCAAGAAGAACUCGAUUCGAUCGCAGCUGGCCCAGCAAAUGCUGAACUCGUCGACGCGAGUGCUCAAGAAGCCGCAGUAUGUGGUGCGUCCGGCCAGUGGAACCGGCUCCUCGUCGUCCAGUGGCAACGGAGGCAGUGCAUCCGCCACCAAUGGAAUCAGCAACGGGAGCAACCAAAGCGGUGUUAACUCCAGUGGCGGCGGAAACGGCGAGCGAGGAACCAAUAAUGGUGGACUCAGCGGAUCGAAUGGGCUGGCUAAUCACAGCUCCGCUCAAAAUCUGGCAUUGGAUCCCACCGUGCUGAAGAUCAUUUUUCGAUAUCUGCCGCAGGACACGCUGGUCACCUGCUGUUCGGUGUGCAAGGUGUGGUCCAAUGCGGCCGUUGAUCCCGAUUUGUGGAAGAAAAUGAAUUGCUCGGAGCACAAGAUGUCAGCAUCGCUUUUGACCGCGAUUGUGCGUCGGCAGCCGGAGCAUUUGAUUCUGGACUGGACACAGAUUGCCAAGCGGCAGCUGGCGUGGCUGGUGGCCCGCCUGCCGGCUCUCAAGAAUCUCUCGCUGCAGAACUGCCCCAUCCAGGCAGUGCUGGCGCUGCACACCUGCCUCUGUCCGCCGCUCCAAACGCUGGAUCUCAGCUUUGUGAGGGGAUUGAACGAUGCUGCCGUCAGGGAUAUCCUAUCGCCGCCCAAGGAUUCACGACCCGGCUUGAGUGACUCGAAGACGCGGCUAAGGGAUCUCAAAGUGCUGAAGCUGGCGGGCACGGACAUCUCCGACGUGGCUGUGCGCUACAUCACGCAGUCGCUGCCGUACUUGCGGCACCUGGAUCUCUCCUCCUGCCAACGAAUCACGGAUGCGGGCGUGGCGCAGAUUGGAACCUCCACCACGGCCAUUGCCCGUCUCACGGAGCUGAAUUUGAGCGCCUGCCGCCUCGUGUCUGAGAACGCUCUGGAGCACCUGGCCAAGUGCGACGGGCUCAUCUGGCUGGAUCUGCGUCAUGUGCCCCAGGUCAGCACUCAGUCGGUCAUCCGCUUUGCGAGCAACUCCAAGCACGACCUGUGCGUCAGGGACAUCAAGCUGGUGGAGCGACGGCGUCGCAACUCGACGACAGUCGCGAGGAGCUGGCACCACGACUGAGCAACGACGUGCAGCUGGAGGAGGCCCCAUAAAUCUUAAUCAUAUGCACUAGAACAGCACUCUUUCUAUGAUCCGAUCCUCAGACCAUGAAUCCCUAGUACUUCGCCGGAAUGCAAGCCAAAGAGAGUCGUCGAGCCCUUUGCAUUGUGUGUGGUUAGGUUGUUGAAAGU